CGCCGUGGCAUCCGAGCGGGAGCCGGAGCCCGAGUGGGACCGGAGCUGGAGCCGAAGCUGGAGCGGGCACUGCGGCGCACGGAGCGGAGCGCCGCAGCCAAGCCGAGUGAGUGGAGGGGCCUCCCCCCUCAAGAAGUCAGAGCUGUGCUCGUGGGCAGGCUGGCUCCGCUGUUCUGCUCCAAGGAUUACAUGUCCUUCAAACGCCCUUGCCCCUCACGAUACAAUCGUACCAGCUACUUCUACCCCACCACUUUCUCUGAGAGCUCUGAGCACAGCCACCUGCUGGUGUCUCCAGUGUUGGUGGCAAGCGCUGUCAUAGGUGUGGUCAUCACUCUCUCCUGCAUCACCAUCAUUGUGGGCAGCAUCAGAAGGGACAGACAGGCCCGGAUCCAGCGACACCACCAUCGUCAUCGUCGCCACCAUCAUCACCACCGCCACCGCCGGCGCCGACACCGAGAAUACGAGCAGGACCACGCAGCUGGAGGACACACACACAGCCACUCCAGCCACAGGAUGCCCUACGCCUGUAGCCCUGCUGAGGACUGGCCCCCGCCCUUGGACAUCAGCUCUGAGGGGGAAGUGGAUGUCACCGUGCUCCGGGAGCUGUACCCAGAUUCUCCACCAGGCUAUGAGGAGUGUGUGGGACCAGGAGCCACUCAGCUGUAUGUCCCCACGGAUGCACCACCACCCUACUCGAUGACAGAUUCCUGCCUCAUGCUGAAUGGCGCCCUUGACUCAAACAGCGGCCACAGCCACAGCCACCAUCAGCAAGAGCAGAGGACCCAGGGCCAGAGCGGCCUCCGCACUGUCUCCAUGGACAUGCUGCCACCUUAUGAAGCCGUGUGUGGAGGAGGCUCUCCAUCUGACCUGCUGCCAUUGCCGGGACCAGAACCACGGCCAAGUAACUCCCAGGGCUCACUCACCCCAACCCAGGCUCCAACCCCCAGCCCUGAGAGGAUUGUGUGAGCGACCGAGUCCAUGAGUCCCACUGGUCGGUCAUUCCAGGCUACCCUGUCUCCUCCAGGCACACAGGUGCACACACAACUCAUGCACAUGCAUAUAAAUGACCACAAAUAUAUACUGACAUCCCACACAUAUGUAGACACCUGUAUAUGCACAGGUCCCACUACCACACAAACUCACCUGGGAAGGUUUUCUUUAGAUGAAGCGUUCCCUACCUGGUAUCUCUUCCUCCCCAGCCUGGUGCCUGGUGGUAGUGCCUCUCUGAACAGUGCUGGGUAGAGGUGAGAGGAAGCCCUACUUUCUACCCUCUCCCCAGCCUCCUCUAGGCUGUGGCUACAAUCUGAUUCUCCUGAAGAGACUGCUUGGUCAGCUUCCUACCAUAACACCUACCCCAGGGCUUAUCCUACUGGGAGCUGAGACAGGUCCCAAUGAGGUCCCACUGUGCAUUGUGCCUAUCCCUCAACUCCAGGGCAGAAGAGCCACAACAUCACCAUCCUGCCACUUACAUGGUGGAGAAAGACAGGUCUGGUGGCUUAGGCAUGACCUGGAGGUCCUCACAGCCCAUUUAGCCUGUCUCAAUGUCCUCAGUUUGGCGGUGCUAGUGGGGUUAGCUCAGACACCCACCCUAAGUUUCAGGGGGAGACAGGCCCUUGGGCAUGUGUCAUGGAGGAGCAUCACAGCUCUUAUGUCUGUGCCACGAGAGCUCAAGGAAAACAAGGUACGGGUGCCCCCCACCCCCAUGCUGCCUAGACACUACUCAGAGGAGGCAUACAAGAGCCCACUGCUCAGUAAGUGCCCAGCCAGUCCUGGCAGCCUGAGUCUAAGAGGUCUCAAGCCAGUGCUGUCAGCCAGGGUGGCAACUCACAAUUGGGGACUGAGUUGAUGAGUUCUGGCCUUGCCUCUCUGGGACAUAUGCAGAGACAAAACAAACAAACAAAAAACCACAAAUGUACCCCACAAAAAACUCCAUGUCACUAUGAGAAGACCAGUGUCUCCUGCCAACAUCCCAUCGUGGAAGCAGGUGUGUGGAGACAACCAAUUGGAGAAAGGCUCAGAUAUUAGCCUGUGAGCUCCAGCAGUCUCCAUCAAAGACAAGGUGACAAGGUGAUCUUUGAAGACCCAGCUUGCCAAAGCUAAGCACCUUUGAGGAGUAUUCUGUCAGCAGUGCUGCUGACCUCCUGCCUCCCCGACUCCCACCUCUGUCAGUCAUCCCAAAGCAGCAGACUUAUCCCUACCGAUCCCCUUCCCACAUUCAAUUCCUCCAAUGAAGGGCUAAGAAAAUUCAGCAAUCCCUUUCCUAAGCAGAGGGGUGGCAAGGAUGGCUAUUUUGAUUUUUAUUUUAUAUAGAAAUAGCAUUUAUUCUGAUGUAGAGCCGAAAGGGCCCCAGCCCACAGGUUCUGUAGCAUCUUGUGAGCAGCACCCUGGAUUCACAGACCUGGGGGGAGGGAACCUUGUUUACAAGCACUUCUGCCCACCUUUGUGGUGGUCUGCUUUCUAGGCAAAAAAUGUCUGUCUGUUGUACUGUACAGCCUUUAAAAUGCACCCCAGAGAUGAGACUCUUAAGAAACGCAGCCUGUUUCUAGAGCUCUGGAAAGUGGCAGGGGACGAAAAACAUCCCUGCCUACUCAACAUGUUGGAGGGAUCUACAAAACAGCUUUUCUCCUUCCUAGAUGAGGCUGAAUAAGCAACAAUGUAUCUUUUCUGUACUCAAAAUAAAUGCUCAUUAUCAACAAAGAUAUAGAAAGAA